ACUUCUGCAAGUGCCACUUCUUCAACUACAAAAACAGAAGCCCUCACAUCUUCAACUUCAGCUUCCACAGCCAUAAGUAGUAUCCCAACUAGCACAACUGCAGCAGCAGCUAAAACAGAAACUUCUGCAAGUGCCACUUCUUCAACUACAACAACAGAAUCCCUCACAUCUUCAACUUCAGCUUCCACAGCCAUAAGUAGUAUCCCAACUAGCACAACUGCAGCAGCAGCUAAAACAGAAGCUUCUGGAAGUGCCAUUUCUUCAACUCCAAAAACAACAGAAGCCCUGACAUCCUCAACAACAGCUUCCAAGCCAUCAAGCAGUAGACCAACGAGCACAAGUGCAGCAGCCAGAACAGAAACUUCUGCAAGUGCCACUUCUUCAACUACAACAACAGAAUCCCUCACAUCUUCAACUUCAGCUUCCACAGCCAUAAGUAGUAUCCCAACUAGCACAACUGCAGCAGCAGCUAAAACAGAAACUUCUGCAAGUGCCACUUCUUCAACUAUAACAACAGAAGCCCUACCAUCUUCAACUUCAGCUUCCACAGCCAUAAGUAGUAUCGCAACUAGCACAACUGCAGCAGCAGCUAAAACAGAAGCUUCUGGAAGUGCCAUUUCUUCAAUUACAACAACAACAGAAGCCCUCACAUCCUCAACAACAGCUUCUACAGUGACAAAGAGUAGCCCAAGCAUCACCACUGUAGCAGCCUCAAGAACUUCUGCAAGCAGCACUUCCAUAUCCCCAAAAAAUACAUACACUGCAAAAGUUGCAACCUCAUCUUCAACUACUUUAUCAUCCAUGGUGUCAAAGAUCAUUACUGGAUCAGCAAUGAUCAGAAUCAAGUUCUUCUUCCACUUCCUGAAGCCCAUCAGUGAUGGCAAUAUGAUUGCUAUCAUCAACCAAUUCGAACAUUCACAAAUCAAAGGUCUGACUGCACCUCUGAUGUCGCAGAAUAUAACGUAUGAAAAAUUGUCUGACGGAGGCUUUGCCCUCCAGUUGAUUUAUGAGAUCAAGAAUGUGAACAUGUCAGAAAAUGUUCAGAACAGACAUGACACCUAUGGAUUGGUCCAGGACUCCGUCAACACACUGUUGAACUCAAUACUGCAGAAACCAGGUGCCAAACCUUUUACAUUUCCAACGGCGAACUGCACGAGUCAGAGUAACCAAAUACUGGCUAACAUAGACUACGUCUUUAAAGAAGGAGAUAUUAAGGAUCCAAGUGGCUUCCUCCUUGCAAUCUUGGAAUCCGCUGGUCUGUUGAGUACCACCACAACUGUACCGCUCACCACUCCCGGGGCAAACGUCACCCACGUGGGAGGCGGCUUCCCUGGCUGGGCUUUGGCCAUUAUCAUCCCAUGUGGAGUCAUCCUCCUGCUCAUCCCCUUUUGGAUUCUCCUUUGUUGUCUGCUGUGUGGCUGCUGUGCAGCUAAGAAGCGGUCCUACACUAUACCCUACAGGCUGCACAACGUGUAAUGAGGCAAUACCAGCAAAUGCAGCUAUAAGCCGGAUGCUGUACAGCCCAGUAACCAGUCACAGAACUGAGCCUGUGCAUCUUCAUCCUGCCGUCAGAGUGGAUGUCCGUCUAAACCUCUCCAUCCUUUUUCCUUCAUGGUUCAGUAUUAUAAUGGAAUAUUCACUUUAAAUAUUAACAUUAAAUGGAAUUACACAACUUAUGUCCAGGAAAGAUUUUCAUAAUUACAAAGUAAUAAUGUGUUUUCUUUCUUUAUGAUGAAAUCAUCAGUUUUCUGAAACAGGUUAUUUUUGUUAAAUGUUGUUUUUGUUCAACUGAAAAAUUGCAACUGCGU